AUGAAAAUAAUAUGGUUAUUGAUUGCCAUCUUAAUAGUGGCAAAUGCACAAUAAGUAUUUUUGGGAUAAAUCUAAAAAGGACUCUUGUUAUGAAGUUGAUCCAAAGGAUCCUCCUAGAAGAAAAGAAAAAAUCCCUUUAAUUUAUCAUUCUGGAUGGACUCAAGAAUUAGUUGUUGCAAAACCUAAGGGUAACAGGCCUUAACCAUAAGAGUACAUGAAUUAAGAAUAUAUUGAUUAACAUUUGAAGUAUUUCAGAUAUGGGGCAUCAUUCAUUAUCACAACAGCAUGGUUGGAUAAUAAUGGUAGAGAAUUUGUAGGAAAUAAAAAUGGUAUAUUUGUGAUACCUAAAUCCUAAAUGGAUUAACUCUUAAAUACAGCAAAUGGCAAUUUAUCAAUCGUUGAGAAAAAUCUAGGAGUUAAUCCAGGAAGUUGGUAAUUUAGGAGAUUGAGUCGAAUUGAUGUUCCUUUUCCUGAAAAGUUUAAUGUUAGAAUGCCAACUGGAAAUGAGGUUGGAGCUAAUUAGUAUUGGAGACCUGGUGGAGUAUUACCAAAUGGAUUAUUGGAGGCAGUCAUUGACAUGGUUCCAAAAAGUGAUUAUUAAGAAUUCUAAUUGAAUCUAUAAUGAAAUGGCA